AUGGAGAAACUUGAAUACGUUUCUUAUGAGGUUAAGUUUGAGGCUGCAGAAGAUGGUGGUAGUAAGAACAAGAUGGUGAGCAAGUACCACACCAAGGGUGACUUUGUGCUGCAAGAGGAAGAUAUAAAAGCUGGCAGGGAAAAGGCAUUGGGGAUGUACAAAGUCGUAGAAGCCUACCUCCUCCUAAACCCUGAUGCCUAUGCUUAA